CGUGUCCGCGGAUAUGGGUGGGGGGUAGUUGCUGCCCGGGCGCGGCUGUUGGCCGGCCGGGCAGACUGUAGAUAACGGCGGGAGACCGCCGGGCCGGGAACCGUUGGGGACCUAGGCCCCCUGAACGGCACGGCUACAUAGCCCCCUUUCUUCAUGUUGCUGCCCGCCCCGGGAGUAUUAACGAACGGUGGUGAGAGACCUGACGGUGGUGCAAGCGGCGCGUGCCAGGCAUGCAGGUUGCAUCAGACUGACGACCACGACCUAGGCAAGACGGACAAAUGUGCAAAUGCCAAGCCGUCGUGGCAAGCCACGCCAUGCCCGCCACUCCAUUUUCUAUCAGCGUCUUAGGUAGACUCCAAUGAAGUAGUUGUAUCGCAGCGGCACUCACAGGGCGAAUGAACGCAAAGAAGCGGGAGGUGAGCAGCCGGCUGGUUGUCAACCUGUCGGCAUGCAAAUACCCGCUUGUCCGGGAGGCGGCGGAGCGCAUGGGCUAUACGGUGGCGGAAGAUGAAAACGACAUGUGGGACCUGUUCUGGAGCGACCUCUCGGUGUCGGGUGACCGCGUGCAGCGCAUGCUGCCCUUCCAGCGGCUCAACCACUUCCCGGGCAUGCUGGAGAUCUGCCGCAAGGGCGCGCUGAGCAAGCACAUGGCGCGGAUGGCGGCACGUAUGCCCUCGGAGUACCGCUUCUACCCGCCCAGCCUGGUGCUUCCCGACCAGCUGGACGAGCUGCUGGCAGCCUUGCGCCGCAACAAGAGCCGCAGCGAGCAGCAGCAACAGCAGCAGCAGCAGGGAGGGCAGUGGGGAGGCGCGCAGCAGCAACCGCAGGCGGCGGGUGGGCCUCACGGCAUUACCACCUUCAUUCUAAAGCCUAGUGCAGGCACGCAGGGUCGCGGCAUCUCACUGGUUCAGUACCCCAACCAGCUCAAGGACGUGGGCGACAUCAGCAGCUGCGUGGCGCAGGCUUACCUGGGCACACCACUGCUGCUGGACGGAUUCAAGUUUGACCUGCGCGUGUACGCCCUGGUGGUGAGUGUGGACCCUCUGCGCAUCCACCUGUACGACGAGGGGCUGGCCCGACUGGCCGCACAGCCCUACCAGCCGCCCACACCCGCCAACCUGGCGGCAGUCACCAUGCACCUCACCAACUACGCUGUCAACAAGGGCGCUGCCGGCUUUGUGUCCAGUGACGCGGCGCCUGCGGGCGGCGGCCACAAGCGGCCCAUGUCGGCGGUGCUGGGGCAGCUGGCGGCGCAGCACAGCACCAGUGUGGCGGUGCUGAGAGCCAGCAUAGCUGAAGUUGUGAACAAGACGGUUAUGGCCAUUCAGCCGCUGCUGGCGCACAGCUACCACACCUCGCUCUCCGCCGCCUCCGGGACCGGCAGCAGCAAUAGCAACGGUGGCAGUAGCAGCAGCGGCCACACCGGCAGUAGCAGUAGCUGGGGCCCGCGAUGCAGCUGCCUGUCCCCCGACCAUGUCAGUGCGGACGCCGCCGACCCCACGGCCCCUUGCGCCUGCCCGCCCUCGCUAUGCUUCGAGUUGUUGGGCUUCGACAUAAUGUUUGACCGCGAGCUACAGCCCUGGCUGCUCGAGGUCAACCACUCGCCCUCGUUCGCCAGUGAUUCGAGGCUGGACCGCGCGGUCAAGGGCGAGAUGCUGGCCCGUACGCUGCACAGCCUGCAGCAGCGGCCCGAGACCAAGAGGGAGUUCAUGCAGGCUGAAGCGCGGGCCCAGAGCGAGCGGCUCUACAACUCGCCAGCGGCCGUGCCCUCCACACGCGCCGCAGUGGGCGCGGGGCUGCGGCGAGCGAUGAGCGCCAUGCCGCGUAAUCGGCACCUGCGGGCUGCGGCGGCCACGUUGGACGAGCUGACAGCCAGCUCUGCGGCGCUGUUGGCGGCUGGCGGGCAUGUGUGGGGUGGCGGCAGCACCGGCGGCCGGCAAAGCUCGGGUAGCCUCAGUGACGCAGGGCCGCAGCCCAACCCCGGCAGCUGCCCCCAUUAUCCCCACAGGUUGCCCACGGGCAGCAACGGCGCCGGCAGUGGCGGUGGCACCGGCGGAGACGCGGCGGACGGGCCGUCGCGGCGUGCGCACAGCUUCAGCAGUGUGUUGAGCGCCUUUGGCGCCGCCUCAGCCGACUGUCCAGAGGGCGCGGUCGGGGUUGCAGGUGGAGGAGGAGCUGGUGGUGGGGUGCAGGACGUGAGUGGCGGCUAUCAGCUGGUGUUUCCUGCAGCGGAACCGGAGCUGCGAAAGCGCUACUGCCGCAUUCUGCUGCAAGCUGCGGACUUGUUCCCGCAGCAGCGCUGUCAGUGCGCCUGGUGCAGCCGGCGGCGGGACAUCUGCAUGUUGCACUCGGCGCAGCAUCAGCUGGGAGCAACCGCCAGGCCCCUGUCCGCAGUUCUGUCCGCCCAUGUGUCCUCACGCACUGGCUAUUCGCCGUUCUCGUUACCCAGCGGUAUCAACAGCCAGCAGUAUGCCAACACCAACAGCAGCGGCGGCGGCGCUAGUGGUGCCUCCAUGUCGGGGCAUGUGCAAUGCCCACCCGGCUCUACCGAUGCCACUUCCCGGGGGCGCUGUAGCUCAGCCACGCGGCGCCGGCCAAGCUCCAGCUACUCCAACACAAGCCUGUGCGAGGCGGGUGCGGCCAGCGGCGGUGAUGAGUCGGGCAGCGAGUCUCACCGGGGCGCCCAUGGUGCGGCGCCAGGGUCAGGAGCCGGUGGGGAGGCAGCUCGCUCGUCCGUGUUGCUGUCCAGUUCGCCCCCCUCAAGCGGACUUGGCAGCGGCGGCCCGGCGGCACGGCCGCUGGCUCCGUCGCCCUUGCCGGCUUCAGCGCUCGACCAGCCGCAGGGCCGGCCGCCCAGGCCGAACAGCAGUUUGCACGCCAUACGGCAGCGCAGCGAGGGCUCGGGCACCGCCCCGGGCCAGGCGUUGUCCGUGCCGGUCGCCUCCCUGCCCGCCUGCAUGUCCCAGUCCGCCACACCGCCAGCCAACACCGUGCCGCCUCCCGCCGCGCGCCUCACAGCGCCAGGCACAGCCUCCACAGCUGCACCGGCGCAACGAGGCGCAGGCGGCUGCGGUGGCAGUAGCAGCGGCGGUAGCAGUGAUGUCGCAACAUGCUGGUCCCAAGUUGCCGCGGGCUGUAGCACAAGCAGCGCUGCCACCGCCUUCCCCUGGCAGCGGCAUCCCGGAUCCAAUUUUGGAACUGGAGCAUCACACGCGCGCACGCCCUCGAGCGAGUCCAGCGCUGGAUCCGGCCUGGGCGAUGCAACGUGUGCAAACGAUUCAGCGGGCCAUGAGGCCCCCCACCGCAGCGGCUCAGCAACAGGUGGCUCUGGCCGGUUUGGGAAACUGCUGGAGGCUCACCGAGUGAACACCGGAGAAGACAGGUCAACAGCAGGCAGUGCGGGACGCAGUGAGCCCCUGCACCACAGCCAGCAGGCGCGUAGUAGCCAGCGGCUUAGUAGCGCAAUGAGACCGGCAUUGCAGCAGAGCCUCUCGCACCCACAGCGGUGCCAGGUUCAACGCCAGCAGCAGCAGCAGCAGCAGCAGCAGCAGCUGCUGCUCGGGGCUCGGGGCUUAGGCGCCAGCGGAAACAGCAGCAGUAGCAGCGUUACUGCAGCAGCGCGCCUGUAUGGUGGGAGUAAUGGCGGAAGCAAUGGCAGGCCACAAAGGUCCGGUAACACAUUGCGCUAUGGCAACACCGGCACUGGUGGUUGGCAAUCCGCGGGAAAGCUUGGGCGGGACGGAAGCAGCCGGCGCGGCCGGCCUGCUGCCAACGCCGGCGGCGGCUGGGACAGUAAUGAGGGCAGUGAUGCCGAGCCGGGCGCGCCGGCGAGCCAGGCGCUCCGCCGGUCCCACAGUUGCAGCGAACUAGAAGCGGCCUUUGCGCGUGCGGCGGCAUCGGCGGCUCGCACUGCAGGUGGCAGGAGCAGCACAAAUCCGUCCCGCCGGGCCGGUGCCGCCACGCCUGCAAAUAACUUGCUGGCCACUGUGAAUGUUCACCGCAGUGGAUCACGCGUGCAGCUGGCCACCUCUGAGCAGCAGCGCAGCCACCAGCAGCAGGGUCAGCAGGCGGAGGUAGGUGCCGCUACAAGUGCCGGUCCUGGCCGGCUAUUGCGCGCCGCGAGCGCGGGGCGUGUGAGGUCAGGUGGAAGCGGCGGCGGUGGUGGCAAUGCCGAGAGCCGGCCUGUGGCGGCGGGAGGUGGCGUGCCGCGGGUGGCGUAUUUGGGGAGCGGCAAGUCCUCCGCGCCGGUGUUGUCCCCCGGUGAGCUGGAGAUUAUGAUGAGUAGGGUACGCAUGGCUACCACAUUCAGCACAUUCGACCGCUACGUGCGAUAGUAUGAUAUUCAUCAAUUCUGUUGACUAUAAUGGGUUGAGAUGAGGGUGCCCACCUGCGGUGCGUGGAGGAUCCCGGAACUGAGGUUGUUCUGUUGUCCAUGGUGGUGGCAUCUUUGAAGGAGGCAGGAAAGUGCCCAAAUGGCCCGUGUACAUUGUCUGAGACUGAAAGCCAACGCGCGCACACGCAUAGUACGGGGCUUGGACAUGCUGGAAGCAGCACUGCUGGUUGCCUUGGUGACGCAUUACAACAAUACAGCGUCUAACUUGCAAUACUGGCGUUUCAAUGCAUUUCUAAUGAAGCUUGAGCGGGCAUCUGGUUAGGCACGUGGUGACUCUGUACUAGUAGGGAUUUCCGCUGGUGCAGUUGUUAGCUUCCGGCCAUCGACGGUUACGGUAAGUAUUGGUGUGUUUGCAAAUAAUAUGGGUAGCAAGCUGAUAAACAGUUUGCGGAUACAGGCAAACCUAAACAGAGAGCAAAGUUCUGAGUGAGAUUAUGGGUUCUGUUUCUGAUGUAUGUGAUCGAGCGAGACUUUCCUGCACGCAUACACGCCGCACCACCUAGUACACAGAAGGCGGCUUCAUUUGUCGCGUAGGCACCCUUCACGUAAGGAUCUUACUUGUGACCUGGAACCCCAUGGCACCGCUGGAAUGGUGGAUCACCCAGUUGGCAGCACGGCGUGAAGGCAUGACAAAUUCGGUUACGCAGCACGUAUGGCACAUGGCGUUAGAGAGCACAAGUGGAGGAACAUUUUUUUUUAAAUGUAACACGUGCCUCAACAGGUGGGGGUCCUGUACGGCCAAAUGGUAGUGGCACAGCAGGGCGUUAGUGGUCUACGUGGCAAUGCGAGUGAUGCAAUGCUGUACCGUCACAUCCCCACCGACCAGCUGAUUCUGGCUGGAUGUGUGCUAACUUCCAUUGGACUACUAGGGUCGAGCAACUCGUGCAGCAAGACGGCGACAUUUACUCGUCGAGGGCCUGGGCUGGCCUGGGCUACCACUCUGCCGGAAUACCUGUACGGUAUCCCAUUUAUCGCGG